UUCCGAUGGAGCGCUCCAACGCAGCAAAGGAUGCCGGAAAAUCAAUUCCAAAUGUCUCAAAUAAUGAAAAUGGAAAUACUAAACAGGCUAAACUUUUAAGACAAGCUUCUGCAACCCUUGGAAGUGGAAAUUUACGGGAUAUAAUUCUUUUGCCUUAUGGAGAGGAUGAAAAUGAAUGGAUUGCUGCUAAUAGUUUGUCUUUAAAUAUUUUCAAUUUUCUAAAUUUUUUAGUUUCCGAUUUUUUUCGACAAGUUUCAAUGCUUUAUGGAAUGAUUUCUGAACAUUGUUCUGAUGAAACAUGUCCUCGGAUGAUCGCUGGGGAAGAUUAUGAAUAUUUUUGGUCAGACAGUAAAGGAGCAAUAAUGGAACCAUGCCCAGCCAAUGUGUAUAUUGAUUAUAUGUUAAGUUGGGUACAAGAAGAGUUGGACGAUGAAAAUGUUUUUCCUUCACAAAUUGGUUUGGAUUUUGAAUCAAUUAGGUUUUUUAUUCCGCCGGGGCUUUUAGUUUUUGACCCAUGUGAUCGAAAGCAGGCCGAUAAAUUAGAAUGA